GGAAGUGACAGAGUCCCUAUUUCUAUUGGUUUAAAUUUGCAAGCGGCGCUUGUCUAUCAAGUUUAUGAAGUCGGCUUUAGCACUCCGGAAGUAUGGCACCGGAAGGGGCGGGACCCGUCAAGAUGGCUGCGCCGGAGGUACUGGAGUCAGAGGUAACAAAUGCCGUGACACUUUUGAAAAAUCUCCAGGAACAGGUGAUGGCUGUAACUGCACAAGUACAGGCACUGACAAAAAAAGUUCAAGCUGGGGCAUAUCCUACAGAGAAGGGUCUUAGCUUGUUGGAAGUGAAAGACCAGCUGCUGCUCAUGUACCUUAUGGAUUUGAGCCACCUCAUCCUGCACAAAGCCUCAGGAGGAUCUCUUCAGGGACACACAGCAGUUUUGAGACUAGUAGAGAUUCGCACGGUUUUGGAAAAGCUUCGUCCCUUGGACCAAAAACUGAAGUACCAAAUUGACAAACUGGUGAAGACUGCAGUGACAGGCAGCAUCAGUGAGAAUGACCCACUUCGUUUUAAACCUCAUCCCAGCAAUAUGAUGAGCAAGUUGAGCUCUGAGGAUGAAGAGAAAGAUGAAGCAGAGGAUGGCCAGUCUGAGGCUUCAGGGAAGAAAGCUACAAAAGGAGUAUCUAAGAAAUACGUUCCACCACGCUUGGUUCCAGUGCAUUAUGAUGAAACAGAAGCUGAGCGGGAGAAGAAGCAUCUGGAACGAGCCAAGAGGCGGGCGUUGAGCAGCUCUGUUAUUCGUGAACUUAAGGAGCAGUACUCGGAUGCACCAGAGGAGAUCCGUGAUGCUCGCCAUCCCCAUGUCACACGCCAGAGUCAAGAGGACCAACACAGGAUUAACUAUGAGGAGAGCAUGAUGGUGCGUUUAAGUGUCAGUAAGCGAGAGAAAGGACGGCGAAAACGGGCAAAUGUUAUGAGCUCACAGCUUCAUUCCCUCACACACUUCAGCGAUAUCAGUGCAUUGACAGGAGGAGUUGCUCAUCUUGAUGAGGAUCAGAAUCCUAUUAAGAAGCGGAAGAAGUUAUCUAAGAAAGGGCGGAAGAGAAAAGGUUUUCGGAGGCGACGAUGAUGAUGGGUGUACAUAUUUUAUGUAUUUUUUAUCAUCCUUGGGAUAUUUCUAAUUUCAUUGUAUGUUAGUUUUUUCCCUUGGAAUUCAUUAAUUGUUUGCUUUGGACAUAUGGAAAGAGCUUUACUAAUAAAACUGAUUUUGCUUACAAAUUAAAA